AUGUCCUCUGGAAGCUUGCCAUUGGCAACAUAUCAUCGGACCCAGGCACUGGGCGAGGGAAGUUUUGGCAGUGUGGUGACGGUGUAUAAUGAUGAUGGCGAAGAGUUUGCCAUGAAGCUUUUUAUUCCAGACGACGAAGAAGACAAUGACGAAACCUUGGAAUUGGGUGCUCUUUUGGAAAUAUCCAUACUGCGUCUUUUGCGAGAAUCGAAUGGACAUGUCAACAUUGUGGAAAUAGCGGACGUCCAAGGGGACUAUUGUGACGACGAAGACGAAGCUGGUGCAGGAACUUCGGGAUGUUUGGGAAUGGCCAUGCCACUGUAUCCCCUUGGUAGUUUGGAGCAGGCGAUUGACUCUCAAUCACCCUUGAUCCAAAAACGAGCCGACAAAAUACGAAUUUCCCAUGGCAUUCUAUCCGCUGUAAAUUAUCUGCAUGAAAAUGGACUCAUGCACCGUGAUAUCAAAGCAAGCAACAUUAUGCUGGCUCAAGACGAAGAAAAUGACACAAUCAAACCGGUUUUGAUUGACUUUUCGUUGGUCAAGAUUGUUGACGGUACCAUGUUUGGAAAUUCUGAUUAUUCCUUUCCGCCCCUGGGAGAGGAUGAAGACGAGCCGACAACUCACACGGGUCAGGCAGGCACUGCAACUUACAUGAGCCCGGAAGUCAAUGACUGCGAACCGUAUGGCCUCCGAGCCGAUCUUUGGAGUGUGGGGGUGGUCCUUUUGGAGCUAUUGCAAAAAUCAACCUUGCAAGCCGUCAAGGCCAGUCAGGCAGAAUCGUUAAUCCAAGAAAGAUUACAAAAACUACCACAAGACAAACCCUUUCCGACGAUGGUACGCAAGCUACUCCAACGAGAUCCCGAGGAACGGUGGACGGCACGACAGUGUUUGGAGCACAUGUCCACCAGCCUUUUUGCCAACUAUGAUGUGCCACCCGUCAAGACGAUAUGUCUGAAGCAAGCCUUGCCAUUUGACGAAGACAAAGAGGAAGAAGAAGAGAAUGUAGCACCCACUGCAGGCAGCCGCGAUAAGAAGACGCCACGCAAACCACCACGAGUGGACCCUGUUGUAGAACGACGACGCAAGAAUAUUCGCAAGUUGUGCCAUGAGUUGGACUGCCAACAUCCCAUGACUCUGCAUGCCGCAAAUUGUUUCUGUGAACGCAUGUUGGAACUGGACGAUGAACUUGAUGACUUGAAGGCCUCACAAACGAUGCUUGAUUGCGUUGUUUUGGCACAUAAAGUUUUUGAGGUGGAAAUGUUGGAUCUGAAUUCCCUCGAGGAAGAGUACAAGAGCUUUGCCGAAUGGGACUUGGACACCUAUCGCGACAACGAGUCAACAAUUCUGAUGAUGAUGGACUACUGUUUGUAUCCCAGAGAAUUGGUGGCAGGCCUAGUUGACAGGUAA